AAAAAUUUCCAUGAAAAUACAGCUGUCAAAGAUAAUGAGAGCAAAACGUGGAGGGAACGAUGGAAUGAUAUGGAUACCAAAUACAGAGAAUUAAUGAAAACAGCCAAGAAAGAAAUAGAAGAAGAACUAGAAAAACGACGCAAAGCAGCACAACCAACAUCAAUAACACAACCACAAGGAUCACAAAGUUCCAGUGAUAGUAUUCCUCCAUAUAUGGUGAAAUGUGGUGAUAAUGAUGAAUGCCUUAAACCCGAUAAGGAGUCCUUUUACCAAUAUUUGGCAGAUAAUGGCCGUACAUCUCUUAGUAGUUAUAUGAAUUUGGUAUUAAAAGAUUCAAAUUGUGGAAAAGAUAAACCUAGAUGGGAUCGCACCACAGUGGUAAAAAACGCAAAUAGUGGCAAAACGUCUAGUAAUAAUAAGACGAAACAAUUUUAUCCUGAAACUUUUGGCGACAAACCAGCCGGAUACAAAUAUGCUUGUGACUGUAAAAUUCCGUCACGAGAAGAGCUUUGUCGUGAUAAUCAUAUGUAUAACACGAGAUGGAAAUGUGGACAAAACAGCGGGAAUAUCACGCCAUCACACACGAGACGUAGUGCAACUACUGGAAAACAAACAUAUGAAUUGUGCAAUCUCAAACAUGAAGAAAAUGACGAAGAAGACAAAAGAACCACUAGGAGUAUAUCGAGUACACCUCCAGGUGGUAAAAAUCUAAGUGAUGAAGAUUUCGAAUUUUUUAAUUCGUUCGAUUCAUGGUAUAAAGAUAUACAAGAUAAAUUAGAUCAUCAUUCUCAUCGUAUUAGUCGUGAUUGCAAACUACAAACUAAUAUUGGGACGACAUCAAGUGGUGGUAGUAACACACCAUCUACAGAAUGCCAGUAUUGUCGCGAUAGUUGCGAAUGUUAUAAAUUAUGGGUGAACCAUAUGAAAAACCAAUGGAAAACACAACAAACCAAUUU